UGUGUGAUUGAUGUCUGCAAUUUAUGCGAAGAUAUUGCGAGGAGUUAUUUCACCUGUGUCCGUAUUUACUUUUUCUUAAAUUUUCUGUUUCAACUCAUUGUUUUAACGAUGUUUCGUGGCUUCGGGGCUGCAUUUGAAAAUGAUCCAUUUUUCAGAGCUCAUCAUGAACAAAUGCGUGAAAUGGAUCGAAUGAUGGACAGUUUUGGCAGAUUUGAUUCUUUUGGCUUUGGUUUCCCUUUGGUAAUUCUUUUGGCAUGCUUGAAGGGCCAGAGGGUCGUGGUUUGAGGAACAACCGUGGUGAAAGGAACAAUCAUGGUGAAAGGGGAAUAGUUCAAAGGGAAAGACACAGAGAUCCAUUUCAAGCAAUGUUUGACAACAUGAAUUCAAUGAUGUCCCAAAUGCACCAAAACUUUGAUGGUGGUCAUGUCAAUCCAAAUGGAUUUUCUUAUUCAUCAAGUCAAGUCAUGACAUAUAGCAAUGAUGGUCGAAAUCCUCCAAAGUAUUUUGAAGCGUCAAGUUCAACAAAACAUGCUCCUGGUGGUGUUAAAGAAACUAAAAAGUCUGUUCGAGACUCUGAGUCUGGAUUGCAUAGGAUGGCCAUUGGACAUCAUAUUGGCGAUCGUGGUCAUGUGAUUGAGAAAUCAAGAAAUACAAAAACUGAAAAUGAAGAACAAAAACAAGAUUUCUUUGGCAUGGAGGAAGAGGAUGCAUCUGCGUUUGACAGAGAAUUCAAAGAGAAAACAAGAAAUUUUGCUCGACAUCGGGAAAUAGGCGGAGUGGAUGACAUUCGUCCAAGACAUCACGGUGAUCGCAGAAGUCGUAACUCACCAGCACUGGACAACAGAAGUCACCAUCGUGAGCGUGAAGGUCGCGCGAGACACCACGAGGCUCGUAAAGAUAAACCACAAAAGACAAAAAAGGUGAAAAUGGUGGAACCGGACUCUCAUCUUUAGUGAACGGCGAGAGAAUCGUAUGUUGCAGUAUUGCUUGAUUAAAAGUCGCUAGACAUACUUUUGCUUAAAAUAGUAAUAUAUUUGCCUUGGAUUUAGCGUGUAGAAAGUGAGCUAAGUUUUUGUGUGCAUCUCUUUGUAAGUGACUGCUGCUUAUUUGUUAAAAAUUGUUCAUUCUAUCCUAAGUCAUUGCUUCCCAAGUCCAUAAUUAUAAUUAAAAUAUCCCAAGAGUGUAUUUGCAUACUCGGUUAUAAGUUUUAUUACAUCAUGAUGACGUAUUUGCGUCACAUCAUUUUAUCUUGCUUAAA